GACUACGGCUGAGGCGUUGCGGAAGCUGGCCCCGGCCAAGGGAAGUUGGAGGAAGAGGUCUUGCGAGCGGAAAGCAUGAGGAGCUGGUGUCUGUGUCAGAUUUGCACCUGCGGGCGGCACCAUUGCCCACACGGAACCACGCGGAUUUAUGAAAACUCUGGCGUAUUCUGCCCCACAACUGAAUAUUUGGAGAACUACCCUGUGCAUGGCAGUGUCCCUCCAUGUCAGAGUCUUAAACCCAAGCAGGAAUUCCGAGCAUGCCGUGAGAAAAUGGACGGAAUAACUACGUUUAAAUCGGAUUAUCGUCCUUAUGAAGUAGUCAUACAGCCUCGCCACGUGCCAGAAGAAUAUAAACCCAAGCCAGGAAAGAUCGAUCUUGGUACCACCUAUAAGCGGGAUUUUAAUUCUUAUAAAGUGCAGCCUGUGGCAAUCGUCCAGCCUCAGGAGAGAAAACAAGUGAGAAAAGGAAAGCUGGACACGCUCCCAACCUAUAAAGAUGAUUAUAGAGCCUGGGAUAUUCAGAAAAGUGAACUCUGUAAACCAGAAGAAGCGUAUCAUCCCCCUACUGUGAAAUUUGGAAACGCAACCACAUUUCAGGAUGAUUACGUUCCCCAGGAGAUGAGACCGAGGCAAAGUUUUAAACCCUCCCCGGUGGUGAGAAGAUCGGUGGCUCCUUUCAAUGGCGACACCAGUCACCGCCUGGAUUACGUACCCCGUCCGCUGGAAUUCAAGUUGGCAAAGCCUAAAGAAGUUUACAUGCCAAGCGACCAGCCCUUUGAGGACCUCACGACCCAUCGGUGUGACUUCCAGGGCCUUGCUGGUGAGAUGGCUAAAAUCUGCAAGCCUGCAGACACCAGAGUGACCCAAAAGGCGCAAUUUGAAAACAGCACCGAGUCCCGGGACAGAUUCCAGCCAUGGGAAAUCCCGCCCCCCAAAGUGAAGAAAGUGGCCGAGUACUCGCCUCCUGCAGGAGUCAUGCAGCUACACAGCACCAGCCACCUCGACUACGUGCCCUAUCAGGCCAGCCGUGUGGUCCCCAUCCGGCCGAUUUCCCAUACAAGAAAUAGCUCUUCUCCUUUCCAAGGGAAAAGCACCACGCAGGAAGAUUUUCCAGCCUGGGAAAGUUGCCGUCAAGGACUCAUUAAACAGCAGCAGCAGAUCCCCAACCCAACCGGAAAAUUUGAUGGUUUGAGCACUUUCCGAUCUCACUACGUGCCGCAUGAACUGAUUCCGACAGAGAGCUGCAGACCCUUGAACGUGGCCCUGAAGAGUGCCGCUCCCUUUGAGAACGUCACCACGUACUCCGUAGAGUACUCGCCCAAGAAACAAGAAGUCUGCCCAGCUGCCUACCCCUCUCCUCCAGGCUAUGUGUUUGAAAACACCAAUUCCCAGGGUCACAAAUUCUUCCGCAAGGUCAUACCCGCCGUGAAAGCCUUCUAG